AUGGACAACGGAGAACAUAGCCUAAUGAGCGUGCUACAUAUGACAUUUGGACGAGGAUGGAUGUGGAACUGUGUUUGCUUGGCGAUAGGAUGUCGAUCUUGCGGCGGUUUCAGACAGGCUUUGGAAACAUUCCUAACCACAGUUGUCGAAGCUUCUUAUAUAUUGGAUGAAGAGGCUUUCGUUUUGUUUGCAUUCAUCCUUAGUCUUGCUGCGUCGAAACCGGAUGAGGUUCGCAAUGCGGUCUGUUGGGCAAUCGAGGUUGGUUAUCGACUUAUCGAUACGGCACAUAUUUACGGGAAUGAAGAAGCAAUUGGCGAAGCUUUAGCACAAUCUUUUAAAGCUGGAAAGAUUAAAAGAGACGAUAUUUUUAUCACUACAAAGCUAUGGUGCACGCAUAAUCGACCUGAAGUUAUGGAGGAACAAAUGAAAGAAUCGCUGGAAAAGCUUGGACUUAAUUAUGUUGAUCUUUAUCUCAUUCAUACGCCAACAACUUUCGAUCGUGAAAUGAAAAAUUUCGAUGAAACAGUUACUGUUGAAAAUAUAUGGAAGGGAAUGGAAGUACUUUAUAAUAAAGGUUUUACAAGAGCUAUUGGCGUAUCAAAUUUUAAUCUCGAACAGGUUAAAAGAAUUCAAAAAAUUGCUAAAAUACCGAUUCAUAAUGUGCAGAAUGAAUGCCAUAUAUAUCUGCCGCAGAAUGAAAUUAUUGAAUAUUGUAAAGCCAAUAAUAUAACAUUUACGUCAUACGCUUCUCUCGGAUCUCGUGGUCGUACUUCAGCACAACUCCCUAAUCAUAAGUUAAAUUGGGCGCUUACGCCGGAUCCAAUGGAAGAAGGAUGCGUGAAAAAGUUGGCAGCAAAGUAUAAUAAAACCAGUGCCCAAAUAUUACUUCGCCAUUUGCUUCAGCGUGGCAUUGCAAUUAUACCAAAAAGUGUUAAUCGAGACCGAAUUAGAGAAAAUUUCGAUAUUUUCGAUUUUCGACUUACUGAUGAUGAAAUGAAAGAAAUGGGUGCGAUCAAAACGCGUGCGCGAUUAUUUUAUCAAGAAUUUAUGUUUGGUCAUCCGGAAUAUCCAUUCACAGGUGAAGUCAAUCCGGCAUCUGAUGUGAGCUAA